AUGAAUCAACAUGAGCCUCCGAAUCCGGACUCAAUAGAAUCCUACACGAUAGCAUGGAUUUGUGCCUUGGAAGAAGAGUACUUUUGUGCAGGCCGAAUGCUCGAUGAAGAAUUCACCGGACCAGAGACAUCGGAAGACAAAGAUGACAACACUUACAUCUACGGUCGCAUCGCGAAACACUACGUGGUCAUUGGCUGCCUUCCAGCUGGUCGGUAUGGUACCAAUUCAGCCGCCCGUGUUGCCCGAGAUAUGGUUCGAACCUUUCCACAUCUUCGGUUCGCGCUGAUGGUAGGCAUCGGAGGCGGUGCUCCUACUGCCCAGAGCGAUAUUCGGCUGGGCGAUGUUGUUGUGAGUCAGCCAGAAGAUGGAUUUGGCGGAGUGAUACAGUAUGAUCUAGGCAAGAUAUUGCCGAGCGGUCGGUUUCAAAGGAAUGGCCAGCUGAAUGCUCCACCUGGGAAGCUACUGGGAGUCAUAUAA